UAUAGUCCCACAGAUUUGACCAAUGAGCUCAUAACAUGAUAUUUCAAAAAAAAACUAGAGGUAAAAGUAGGUUCUAUAAAUGAACUUCUUCAAUUGCAGAGCUUCUUUUCCAGUCUCCAGAUCAAUCCAUCAUUCUGACAGUCUUUGUUGUUCCAAUAGAGGUGUUCCUGAGUGUCUUGAACACACGAAGAUCACAGUUAUCUCAGACUAACAAACAAACAAUUGAUAGGUGUUCCACACAAUCUUUGACCUGUGAGAGUCGCAUUGCUGGUCAGUCAAAACAUGUGCUGUCCGCUAGUUCCUCAAGCACAGAAGCAUAGAACAAUCAAUGGACACAAAAUUAUAAUAAACCAGUGGAAUGAAACAUCUGAUUUUUUCUUUCUAAGUUGGGUGAUUUGACAAUAUUUAUCAGCAGGUACCUGUGACACUUUACAAUAAACAUACAGAGCAGGUAGGUAACAGCUAUGACCAACACAAUCAAUGAUAAUAAAAUUAAAAUUAUCAGUCAAUUUUUACAUGGAAAUAUGCCCAUUGAUCUUUGAAAAAAGAAUUCUAAUAAGCACAAUAUUACUGCAAUGCCUCAAGGUAAAAUGUCUUCUUCCACUGUAACCCAGAAGCUUCAUUCCGCACAAUCCUAACAUUUGUAAAGAAAAAUCUUAAACUCAGACGAGAGAGAUCUGGGUGUUAUUUUGAGAGGGAGUUGGAAACAAACAAUGAAGUCUUUCUUCAGAGAAACAGUUCUUAGGCCCAAAUCCCGAAAACAAAGGCAGCUUUGUUAAAAAGUGGCAUCAAACUAGCUAAAAGAUGAGUGACCCUGACUUCUCACAACCAAGGCACUUUAGUGACGUGGUGCUUUCUGUGGAGGGAACCAAAUUUCACGUCCAUAGGAGUACACUGUCUAUGUGGUCCCCAGUGUUCGAGAAAAUGUUCACGUCCGAAUUCGUGGAGAGAGACGCAAAAGAGAUAACUUUGCCUGGGAAAAAAGCAGACGAGAUUGAAGUGCUGCUCAAGAUAAUGUACUCUCAGGGCAGAGCUCGUCAAAUAAGAGAAGAAAAUUGUCAAUUCCUGCUGGAACUGGCCGAGGAAUACCAGAUGGACACAGUUAAGGAGCUUUGCUGCGAAUACCUUUCUGGCAACGUACAGGAUACAACCUGUGUGAAGUUUUAUAUGAUUGCAGAAAGAUUUAGACUUGAUUCUUUGUUGAAAGAAACACUCCAGCAAACGAAAUAUCUGCCUUGGAGGACAUUGGAUCAGGACGCGUAUUUUGAUAAACUUCCCGAUAAAACCAAACUAGAAAUCUGCAAAACAAGGAUACAGGAGCUUGAAAAGACUCUGGCUGAAUAUGUAAAUACAUGUUCAAGCCUUGUGGAUGCAGUGUAUAGGAAAGUUGCGGAGAAAGUUCAGACUACAGAGUGUGAUAAUUACGAGGUUCAUCGUUGCGGAGUGAGCGAACGUUUUAAGCUUUCUUGCAAGUGCUGUAGGAGGCGAGUUCAGUAUGCAGAAUGUGACUUGGAGUAUUGGAUUUUCAGAACACAACUGAAAAAGUUGUUUGAUUUGGAACACUAUAAUAAAACAGCUCGGGAAUGUAAAGGCUGAAUAGUGUGAAAAAAUUAAACGCCAACCCGCAGUUUUGGAACAAAGCGGUCAAACGUCUGCGCAUGUGCAAGCGUCGUAAUGACUAAGGACUAAGUGGCUUGCUUUCAGGCUGUUACAAGUAAUCAUACUAGCCAGUGAGUCACGGUGUUUUAUAAGCGAAUUACUUGUUUGGUAAUUAAAAGCUCAAUACAGGACGGUAAUUCAACAGAAUACCCGUUCUUGAAUAAGCUUUGUGUUCGAAAAGUCUAGAGUUUUCCUUUUCCAUAAUUGUGUUUCCUGUACAGGAACAGUACAGGAAAUAGCGUACAGCGGCUUGGUUAGGAU